CAUUAUGCAGAAUCCAAAUGAAGACACACAGUGGAAUGACAUCUUGAGAGCAAAAGGGAUCAUUCCUCAAAAAGAAAAGGAAAUAACUGAGGAACAAAUAGUAUCUAUGUUAGAGGACACCAUUGAGCAGAAAACUCAAAGUGGAAAAAUAUUGGAACAAUUGAAUCUCGAUGAAUUGGAUGAAUUAGAGGAUUCCGAAGAUGAGGGUGUAUUACUGGAAUAUAGAAAUAAGAGAAUUGCUGAACUGAAAGCACUCGCUGAACGAAGAAAAUUUGGGCUAGUAGGAGAAAUAUCCGCCCAAGAUUAUGUCAAUGAGGUUAACAAAGCUGGUGAAGGAAUCUGGGUCGUUUUGCAUUUAUACAAGCAAGGAAUACCACUAUGUUCCUUAAUCAACGAACACAUGAAGUGCCUAGCUGCAAAAUACCCCACCGUGAAAUUCAUAAAAUCAAUAUCCACAACGUGCAUACCCAAUUAUCCUGAUAAGAAUUUACCAACAAUAUUCAUUUAUUUUGAAGGAGAACUGAAAAAGCAGCUCACUGGACCUUUAGAAUUCAGGGGGCCUAACUUGUCCCAAGCAGAGUUCGAAUAUCUUAUUGGAAAUACUGGAGCCAUAGAAACGAAUAUAAAAGAAGACCCCAGGCCAAAAAUCAAAGAUAAAUUGUUCAGUGACUUAGCCGAUACUAAUGAUUGGUAGUUUCCAUGUGGAACACAAUUUUGCUGGUGUGUAUUGUAUUUUAUUUAACAAGCUCCAAAGCUUCCAAUGAAGCUAUCCUGACUUAGCAUUAUG